AUGAUAUACCACCACCUGCUGAUAGUGGAAGUGCAGAAGGACGAAGACCAUUACUUCGAGUCAAGGCAUUACUGUUGCCUAUAUCAUUUGGAGGAGCAAAGCCCUGAGCUGUCUACAAGAAAUAGACCGCGUGGGGUCUCGGACGCUAGUAACGUUGAUGUUAAGAAGAUGGAUAUUAGUGAACUUGGAUUUACGCCUGCCGAAACUAUCGAAGAUGAAUUCGAGAGUAACGGAAAAACUUCGCUCGUGGAAGAUUUAAUUGAGGAUACCGAAGAACUAGAUACAGUACUCAAAAUGGAAGUGAAUAAAACGAACGAAGUAGUUAACUCUGAUCCAUUUUCCCUAAAUGAAGCGCCCUCCUCUCGCGAACAGACCGUAUCGCUAAAAGAAUAUGACGAAUUAAGAUUGAAACUAAAAAUACUAGAAAAUAAACGUCAGGAAGAUAGAGAGAGAAUGCGCGAACUUGACAAGUUUAAGUCCGAAGCCGAACAGUUUAUGGCCGUCAAACCAAAACUUCAAAGUAAAAUGACGGAAACGCAACAGGAAGUGAGGGAGCUCAGGAAGCAACUGAAAGAUAUCAAUGCUGAGAAGGAAUUUUUUGAGAAUAAGUAUAACGAAGCGGUAGAAUCUAUGGAGAUGAUGACACUUGAUAAAGAGAUGGCGGAAGAAAAGGCCGAGAAUUUGCAGCAUGAAGUGAAUAUGCUAAAAGAGAAAGUUGAGGAGAUUAGCGUAGAUCUAGAUGUGUUCAAGAAAGAGGGUGAUAUUGUUAGUCAAUCUAGUCUCGAUAGAGAAUCAAGACCAACUGUCGAGAUCAUUCAACUUGAAAAACAUAACGAAAGAUUAAAAGAAGCUCUUAAGUUCGCUUUUAGGCUUCGCGAUAUUUCGAGUGAACAAGAGGCUGAGCUCAAUAAGAAAAUCAAGAAUUUGGAGAAAGAACUUGCUUCUUUGCAGGAUAUACAAGUUCAGCAUGAUCAAGCCAGAGAUCACCUGAAAUUGGCCGAAAUGCAAAUUGAGGAUUUAAAGAACCGAUUGGACGAUGCCAAGAAUGCAGUCGACAUGCUCGAAGAACUCUCGGAAAAAAAUUUAAUCCAAGAAGAGGCAAUUAGGAUUUUUGAAAUUUUUUGUCUUACUAUUUUGCAAAGACUUGAAGAACAACGAGUGAUUAUUGAAGACCUUGAAGCCCUUAAGGAACUGAAUGACGAACUUGAGGAAAGUCAUAUUGAAAACGAAAAGCAGCUUCAAACUGAAAUUG